UAUGGGAUAAUGGAGGAGUGACCGUCAGAGACAGAGUAGAAGGAGGGAGAGUCUGUGCAUUCAUUGUCUCCUUGUCUCCAUCCAACUUCCAUCCCAGCUCUGACCAGUCACCCUUCUUCCUCUGUUGUCUUAUUCGUAUAGUGAGUGGCUGCUGCCCUUUCUCCCAUUGUAUCCAAAGAUAAUCAGCACUUCACGUCUACAGGUAUAGUAAAUGGAAGACAAGAGGAAGAAGCGGAGUCCCAAGGUGUGUGUAACCCAGGCACUGCCACCUGCUCCUGUGAGGAAAACUGUUCCUCCAUCUAAGAGCGCCACCUUCAGUCUGGGGCUUCCACACCCACCCUCCCCAAAGCAAAGGAGUAAAAUCAAGAGGGGCAUUAAGGAGCGUACAAGACCCUCUGCUCCUUGUGACGUGGUGACUCCUGGACCCAGCCUCCAGCACUCCUUCCUAACUGAUGUGUCCCAUGUGUGUGAAAUGGAGGGGGGACUCCUGAGUCUUCUAAAUGACUUUCACUCCGGAAAACUACAGGCAUUCGGGCGAGUUUGCUCAUUUGAGCAGCUGGAGCGGGUGAGGGAGAUGCAGGAACAGCUAGCGCGUCUUCACUUCAGCCUAGACGUGUGUGCGGAAGAGCCUGCAGAACAGACCCAUGCGGAGAGGAACCUGGAGCAGCUGCUAAAUAAUCUGGAAGAACUCAGCAACUCUAUACAGAAACUGAAUUUGGCAGAAAACCUGGAAACACCGCCUUCCCCUAGUGAAGAGGUGACAGAGCAUAUCCAGUAGGGAGUCCUGGAUAUAGAUCUAUUAUAGGAAUGGUGACUACGCAGAGUACACAGAGGAAAUACUCACCUAACCAGAAGACUGCACGUCCAAUAGGAAACUUACUGCUCCCCUAUGCAGUUUGGGUAUAAGUGAUAGAGUAAUAGGAAAACUUAGAUGAAGAGUGUGGAAUUGGCAAGUACUGCUGUGCAGUUAGUUUUUAGAGGUACAAGCACAAAUGGGUGGUAUUCAGUUUGCCGGCUGUUGGGAUCCCGGCGCACAGUAUACCGGCGUCGGCAUACCGACAACUUUUCUCCCUCUUGGGAGUCCAUGACCCCCCUGGAGGGAGAAUAAAUACAUGGGGCUCAUUUGUGCUCGGCCAGCUGUCGGUAUGCUGGCGGUCGGGAUCCCGGCGCCGGUAUGCUGGCUGCCGGCAUACCAUACUACCCCCGCACAAAUGGUAUAUGCAUUCCUCAGCUUUUAACCAGCAAUAGUUGACUUGCCUUAGUGUAUAGAAAAAUUGUAAGAACAUGCAAGUUCAGGAAUGGUAAUUCUUUAUGCAGCACAGCAAAGUAGACUGCAUCUAGCAAAUGUCAAUGCAUACAGUAUGUGUGUACAUAUUUAUUACUUUAUAAUAAAUAGCUCUCUAUGUAAAAA